ACGUGUUGUAGCUGGACUCUACGGACACGUUUCAUUGUAACUCCAUGAUGGCAGCGCUGAUGAAAACACAUGUGCAGUCUUCUGGAGAUGAUGCACAGCCUCAAAUUGGGGACCAGAGGGAUUCUGAAGGAGGGAGCAAUGAUGAAGAGUCAGACGAUGGAGCGAGUGAUGGAGGAGAUGGUGAUGAAGGGAGUAAUGGGGAGGAGGAUGAGGAGGGAGCUGGGGAAGGAGGGAGUAAUGGGGAGGAGGAGGAUGAGGAGGAGGGAGAUGGCAGUAACGCCAAUGCUGGGUGGGCUGAGGCCAUGGCGAAGAUCCUGGGAAAGAAAACCCCCGAGAGCAGAACCAGCAUCCUGGUGAAGAACAAAGAGCUGGACAAGAUGAAGGAGAGAGAGAGACAGGAGCAGCUGGAGAGAAGGAAGCAGGUUGACAAGAAGCGAGCAUGGGAGAUGAUGUGCAGAGAGAAAGCUGACGUAGUGAAGGACCGCGACACUGAAAGAGCUCUGCAGAGAGUUGCUACCAGAGGCGUGGUGCAGCUGUUCAACGCUGUGAGGAAACACCAGAAAACCAUCGAUAUCAAGGUGAAGGAAGUUGGUGGCUCAGAGAGGAAGAAGGCCAAGUUUCUUUCGUCCGUCUCCAAGAAAGACUUCAUCGAUGUGCUGAGAAGGACAGAGGGAGGCAGUGGAGCCAGCAGCAGGACUGAAGACACCGCUGCGGUGGCAGCAGCAGCAGAGGAGCGGUCCUCCUGGAGUGUCCUCUCAGAUGACUUCAUGAUGGGAGCCACCAUGAAAGACUGGGACAAAGACAGUGACCGAGAGGAGGAUGACACCGUCCGUACAGACUGAAUGGACUGUGUACAGCAGGCUGUGACGCCUUCAGAAACAUUCUGUGGAACAGAAACCCUGAACUGCAGAGAACAGCUGAACUUCAGGAAGUAUGGACCUGCUUAAAUCCAGUAGCAAGCCCGCCCCUUUGCCACUCUGUGAGACAAACCAUGUGGAAACAGGAUGACAGAUGUUGGCUCUGGGGGAACUUGGAGGAGCUCCUCCAUCAUAGUAUUGAAUUAUUGUAAACUCUGUAAAUAUGAAUGUUUUGAAUAAACAACCAAUUGAUGAAAGGCUGUCAGUGCUCUGUGGUGUCUCUGUCCAUGUGGGCCUUACAGUUUAGUGUC